AGGAGCUCUCCCUGGACAUGCGAGAAUUGCUGAUCACUGAUGCCAACAUCUAUUUUGUGGGUCCAGACAUGGACUCCUACAGAGACACCAUCCAAGAAGUCGCCGACAGGCUGAAUUACACCUACCUGGACUUCAACUACACCGACCUUCCCAGCGCAUCUGAGCUGACUGGAGUCUUGGAAAAGGUCAUUGUGAUACCUCCAUUGACCAGUGUCACCCGAUUUCCCUGGAAGGUGGCCGUUCACGGAUUGGUCGUUUGGAUUGAUCCGGACGGUUGGAAGCGCCGGGACGUGAUCGAACGAGACAAGGUGAGAAAGAAGAAAUUUCCCAAGAAGAAGGCCAUUUUUGGACCUGAGCAGCCUACAGAUUUCAGUUUGCACAAACCGAAGAAUGUGGAUGCGGCAGAUCCUGUGGAUAUGUGGCAAGAAGCAGAUGUUCAUGUCGAUUUGCAAGCGAGACCAGAGAUGCCAGUUGCUGACCUCAUCAUGGCCUCUGUGAUCGACGCAAUCCUGCGAAGUCCUCCAAAGUGGCGAAACUGGAUGAAGGCGGGAAAGGUUCGUGGAACGAUCCCCAGCGACUAUGAGACACCCUACCAGGUGCGAAGAGAGUUCCAUUCCUAUGGCAUUUCGCCACGUUUGAACAAGCUUCUAAAUGCCUGAGUUCCACUUUGAUGAGCCGCGUGGCCAUAGUGAAAAAUAUGCCCUGCGUCCGCAUGCCUGCCUUGGUGGCUGUGGCGAGUUGCAGGGUGGCAAGUUGAAA